UUAAAUGGGUGAACAUGGGGCGCAAACUUGAUGUACUGAGGAAGGAGAAACGUGGCCCGGGGCGCAAAGCCCGCAAACAGAAGGGAGCAGAGGUAGAAUUAGCCAAAUUUCUUCCCCCAACUACUGAUAGCAGUGGAAAAAAAUUAUCCAGCCAUGCACGAAAAAGGGCUGCAAAGAGGCGAAUGGGAUCAGGAAAAGCCCAAGCAAGGAGGAAUCUGCUUCAGCUAAAAAAGGCAACAGAUGAGGGGGAGAUGGAUGGCACCAGCCUGGCUGCAGAGCAGCCAUCCCCACAGGAGGGAGGAAAACUAAGGAGGCCAGGGGCAAGAGCCUCUGGAUACCCUCAGCUUGGCGGCAGUGACAGCAGCUCACUCCCACUGACUCCUGCCAAGCGAUCACAGCCUGCUGAGGAUUAUGAAGAGGAGCAUUUGGAGUCCAGUGGCAGUGAGGGAGAGGGGGGUGCGGAUGCCUGGGAGAGCAUGGGAGAUGACGGGAGCGAUGAGGAGAUGGUGGAUGAUUAUGGAGCCUCGUCCUCUGAGGAAGAGGAGCUGCUGCCCAUCGAACAAGCUGCCCGGAAGCAGAAGUCUGGCAGGGACAGUCUUAGCGAGGAUGACAGUGAAGAGGAGGAGGAGGAGCGGGUGAGCAGCCCAAGCAAGGGGCAGAAGGAAGAGGAGGAUGCGGACCUUCAGCUCAAUAUGGAGCCAGAUGAGCAGUUUGUGUUGCCCAGUGGUGAAGAAGUGGAGAGAGAGACUGCUGAGCUGCCUGACCUGCAACUCAUUCAUCAGCGUAUCAAGGACAAUGUGGAGGUGCUGCAGGACUUCAAGGCGAAGCGGGAGGUGGGGCGCGCCCGGCAGGAGUACCUUGCGCUGCUGCGCCAUGACCUUGCUGCCUACUAUUCCUACAGUGACUUCUUGCUUAAGAAACUCAUGGAUCUCUUCCCUCUCCCUGAGCUUGUCAACUUCUUGGAAUCUAAUGAAGUUCCUCGCCCUAUGACGCUUCGUACCAACACGUUGAAAACACGGCGACGAGACCUAGCACAGGCUCUGAUUAACCGUGGUGUGAAUCUCGACCCCCUGGGGAAAUGGUCGAAAACUGGGCUUGUUGUCUACGACUCCUCUGUGCCCAUCGGUGCCACCCCUGAGUACCUGGCUGGACACUACAUGCUACAAGGAGCUUCCAGCCUCCUCCCUGUCAUGGCUCUGGCCCCCCAAGAAAACGAACGCGUCCUGGACAUGUGCUGUGCCCCAGGAGGCAAAACCAGCUACAUAGCUCAGCUGAUGAAGAACACAGGUGUGAUCCUGGCCAAUGACAGCAAUGCUGAGCGGCUACGCAGCGUGGUGGGGAACCUGCACCGUCUGGGGGUCACCAACGCUGUCUUGAGCCACUGCGAUGGACGCCAGUUCCCCAAGGUGCUGGGUGGGUUUGACCGUGUCCUGCUUGAUGCUCCCUGCAGUGGCACUGGUGUCAUCUCCAAGGACCCCGCUGUCAAAACCAACAAGGACGAGAAGGACAUGCUGCGUUGUGCUCAUCUGCAGAAGGAGCUGCUUCUCAGUGCUAUCGACUCGGUCAAUGCUGCCUCGGAGACAGGGGGCUACGUUGUGUACUGUACCUGCUCCAUCCUGGUGGAAGAGAACGAGUGGGUUGUGGAUUAUGCACUGAAGAAACGCAAUGUUCGCUUGGUGCCCACGGGGCUGGACUUUGGCAAGGAAGGAUUCACCAGGUUCAAGGAUCGUCGCUUCCACCCAUCCCUCAAACUCACACGGCGUUUCUACCCGCACACCCACAACAUGGAUGGGUUUUUCAUUGCCAAACUCAAGAAGUUCUCCAAUGUGAUCCCCAAAAUGCUAAAGGAUGAGGAGUCUCCUGUGGAAACAGCAAGGCCAGAGUCUGCUCCAGAAGUCGCUGCAGAGCCACCGCUUAAAAGGAAGAAGCUUGAGAGGUUGAAAGUCACCACAGGGCGUAAGAAGCAGCAUCCCCCUUCCAAGGGAGCUUCUGUGCAAAGGCACAAGAGGCCCUCAGUGCGGCGUCUCGGAGCUCGGCCACGUGCCAGAAAGCAGCCCCGGAGUGGACACUAAGAUGGACUGGCUCUCUGGGCUUUGCUGUCUGGUUCCGUGAGAAUUGUAGGGACGGGCUGUUCUCCUGGAAAGCCAAAGGCGAGGGACUCUCCUGCUUCCAUCCCUGGAGUGUUGUUGCCCCCAUCUCAUGCAGAUGACUGCUUCAGCAGCGUGUGUCUGGGACUGCCAUUGCCCCUUGUGAGGGAGCUGUGUUUUAUUCUGGCAAUUCACUGUGCCCCUCCCGCCCCCCUUUGGUUGGGGGACUGGAUUGAUAGAUGCUGAUUCAUUAAAGAUUUUAAACUUGA